AUGUCCUGGAUCUUGAUCAAUCCCUUCCAGCUGCUCAACGGCAGCGCCGGCAGCGGGGGAGGGGCCAGCGCCGUGUCGUCCCCCGCGGCCGCCGUGACCAUGGGCAUCACACGCAAGACCUACCCCAUCGAGCUGCCGAUCGAGUACCUCAGCCCGGAGCUGACCAUCACCGACAUCUACUUCCUGUCGCUGAGCGUCUACUUCCUGUGCACCAUGGUCAUGUACAUUGUCCGGCGACACCACGAGCCGGUGCGCAAUCGGGGGCUCUUCCAUGCCACCGGGCUGUCCCUGGCGGCGGUCGGCUACUGCGUGGCCAUGUCGCUCUCCCUGCGCCCGGUCAGCUGUGUAUUCAGCUUCAUCGUGGUCAACAGCAUGCCGGCAUUAUAUGUGAUGCCCACGGCCCGGCGCGUGCUCUACAUCUUGGCGCAAUACUGGUGGUACAAGGCCAGCCACCGGGCCUUCAUGCACUCCACCAGCGCCAGCGACAGUGACGCCUGUCUGGAUGACAGCAGCUCGGUCAUCUACCUGGGCGAGAUGUCCUCGGCGGGGCUGGCCGACGGCCCGGCCGGGCUGCCACUGGCGGAUCUCGGGUCGCUGGUGUCGUCGCCCAGCAUGGCGGCCGACGUGUGCUCUUCCGAUCUCAAGGCCAGCCACCGGGCCUUCAUGCACUCCACCAGCGCCAGCGACAGUGACGCCUGUCUGGAUGACAGCAGCUCGGUCAUCUACCUGGGCGAGAUGUCCUCGGCGGGGCUGGCCGACGGCCCGGCCGGGCUGCCACUGGCGGAUCUCGGGUCGCUGGUGUCGUCGCCCAGCAUGGCGGCCGAUUCGUCCUUCUGCCCGACGCCCAACAGCCCGUGGUCCGUGGACUUCCGGCCGCUUGGCACGUCGUCCUCCGCCUCGUCGGCCGAGUCGGCCGAGGCGGCCGGCCUGCCAUGCGGGCCGCAGGGGCCCGGUCUUACCGGCCCCGGGCGCAGCCCGAGCCAGCUCAGCCUCGAGAAGGAGAAGGCCGCGGCCGCCGGACAGGCCACCGACAGCAUGGCGGCCGGGAGGCCGAGUGCCCCGGCCAUGGGCCCCGGCAUGGCGCCCAGGGCCGCCGGGGAGUUCCCCCCGCACGAGGCCCCGGAGGAUGCCCUCUUCUCGGCCACCAACGACCUGCCCCGGGCGGAGCGGCUCUGGGCGCGCUUCCAGCUGCGCUUUGCCAUUUUCAUCCGCCAAGCCCACCAAAUGCCCGGCCACUUGCAGAUCCUCAUCUACUUUGCCAUGGCCCUGCUGUGUGUGGGCUGUGCCUUUGCCUAUGUCUACAUGGACCAGAUCGGAAGAGCACACGCCAACGACCUGCCCCGGGCGGAGCGGCUCUGGGCGCGCUUCCAGCUGCGCUUUGCCAUUUUCAUCCGCCAAGCCCACCAAAUGCCCGGCCACUUGCAGAUCCUCAUCUACUUUGCCAUGGCCCUGCUGUGUGUGGGCUGUGCCUUUGCCUAUGUCUACACGGACCACCUGUCCGGGGGCCAGGCUCUGGACAUUCACCUGGUGAAGGAUGGCCUGUGCAAGGCCAACGUCGUGCCGGUGUCCACCACAUUCUCGAUGCUCUUCACUUCGGUCACCGUGCCGUCGGUGCUCUUUUCGCUGAAGGCACGCGAUGUGUAUCGCCAUCGUUUUGAGCUGGGGGUACGUGCGCGCGACCUUGCUCCGGUGCUGGCUGGCGGCCGCGUGCCGGGCUUCCGGGCCGGGGCCCAAAAAAAGAGUGUCUGCCCGGCGCCUGCCUGCCACCCUGCCAUGGGCCGGGCCCUGGCCGGUGGGCAGCCCUGGCCCGUGUGUCUUCUUCGGUGUGGCUGGCCUGCGUGCUGA